UCUGCUUGGUCCGAAAAGAAUGGUCAAUUCUCAGUUUAGAUUUUUAGAUCUGUGUUAUGGUCUUCAUACGACAUAUGCCAGUGUGUACUGGUCAAACUGCUUUCUGUUUGGAUUUUAUGCCUUAAAGGGGUCAUUGGAUUGACAUGACACUUACCUAAGAUCAGUUGUAACAGUCCAACCUCUAUGUUUUGAUGCUGGAGCAGGGAUGCAAGUUAGAAAAGAACUGAGCGAUCGAGGUGUUGUGUUGCUGGAUGUAAUAAUGAACGGUCAUCAUUUACAUCAUUUACUGCAGUGGAUUGUUUGUUUGUGAAGGGAAUGUGCCUCCUGAUCUACCUAUAUCCAUCUAUGUUCGCGCAAAUCAUUCAGCAGCCUCGACCAGAAUGGGAUGAUUUUUGCAGAGCUGAUUUUGGCAAGCCCUGAUGACCCUGAAAAAGGAGAGCGAAGUACUAGAUGAAAUGCAAGCCAACGAUCAGUAUGAGAAACAAAAAUCAUUUACCUUCUCACAGACUGAAAAUACUUUAUCAAGAAAGAAGACUGGAACUAAAAGUGAUUUAAUCUGCCAGCACUGUGGAAAGAGUUUCAAACAACAUGGAAACUUUAAAGUCCAUAUGAGAGUUCACACUGGAGAGAAGCCUUAUACAUGUCAACAGUGUGGAAGGAGUUUCGCUCAAAAAGCAACCCUCAAAAGCCACAUGACUAUUCACACCAGAGAGAAGCCCUACACAUGCCAACAGUGUGGGAACAGUUUCACUCAGCAAGGAAGCUACAACAGGCACAUGACACUUCACACUGGAGAGAAGCCUUACAUCUGCAAACAGUGUGGAAAGAGCUUCACUCAAAAAGCACACCUUAAAGUCCACAUGACAAAUCACACUGAAGGAAGCUCUUUCACCUGCCAGCCGUGUGGAAAAGGUUUUAACAGAAAAGAAGACCUUAAAGUCCACAUGACAGUUCACACUGAAGGGAGCCCUUUUACCUGCCAACAGUGUGGAAAAGGUUUUGACAAAAAAAGAAACCUUAAUUCGCACAUGAAAAUUCACAGUGGAGAAAAGCCUUAUUUAUGCCCUCAGUGUGGAAAAAGCUACAACCAAAGAGGAAACCUUAACAGGCACAUGAGAACUCACACUGGAGAAAACUGUUCAACCUGCAAACUGUGUGGAAAACGUUUUAUUGGAAGAGCGAACCUUAAUUACCAUAUGCGAAUUCAUAUGGGAGAGAAGCCGUACACGUGCCCUCAAUGUGGAAAGAGUUUUACGCAUAAACCGACUUUCAAAGUCCACAUUAGAAUUCACACCGGAGAGAAACCUUACACAUGCCAACUGUGUGGAAAGAGCUUCACUCAAAAAGGACACCUUAAAGUCCACAUGGCAUAUCACACUGCAGAAAGCUCUUUCACCUGCCAACAGUGUGGAAAAAGCUUUAACCAAAAAUCAAACCUCAAUUCCCACAUGAAAAUUCACACUGGAGAAAAGCCAUACACAUGCCCUCAAUGUGGAAUGGGUUUUGCGUAUAAACAAACUCUUAAAGUCCACAUGCGAAUUCACACUGAAGGGAAGAGUUUCACACGCCUUCAGCUUGAGAAGUGUUUCACAUAUCAAGACCUGAAACGUAACUUGCAAGCUUAUUCUGGAAAGAAACUACAGAGUUCUGACUGUGCUAAGAGGUUUAGAAAAAGAAGCAGUUUUAAAAAUCACCUGCACGUUCACACUGGAGAAAGGAGAUUUAAAUGUGGUCAGUGUAAUAAAACAUUUCUUUUGCCAUUGCAUUUACGGAUACACCUGAAAAGUCAUACAGAUGUGAGACCCUAUUCUUGUUCUGUGUGUGGAAAGAGUUUCAAAUGGCUCAGCAAUUUAAAAUGGCACCAGAAAAUACGCAUCUGUAUAAAAUCAAGGCUGCGUUCACACUGCAGCUGAUUGUGGGCCAAAUCUGAACAUUCUUUAGUCACAAGAGUUUUUGGCUACAAACUGCUAUUAAAGUGUGAGAAUUAAGUUGUGCUCAUUAAUAGAAUUCAACAGAAACUAUUUACACCAUGACUGACAGUUUGACGCAGAUCAAUUUCACACCAUUUGCAUUGUGCAUUAACAAAUGCUGACAUUGUAUAAUCAACUCUUUGACUCUGAGUUGAUUUGUUACACUACAAACUUUAUCCAGAAAGGACUUUUCAAUUAUUUUGAUUCAUUUUGUUGUUUUGUAGUUGCAAUGUUUUUGACUACUUGAUGAAGACCGAAAUGGUUGAAUGUCUACUAUUAAACUAGAGUUUCAGAGCCUUGUGGCAAUGUGCUGUUCUUUAGUCAAAAGCUUUCUUGGAUGUUUCUAGUUACGUACACAACUGCACAAAAGUUUGGG